AAGAUAAAUCCAAAAGUUUCAAAACUCACCCACAAGCAAUUUAUACUAGUAGACUUUUAAAUUUCAAAAAUCUUCCAAAACCAGUAAAUUCUUCAGAUUUAUCAUCUUUUCAAUUCAGUUCAGAUACUGCUCAAUCAACAUCAGCAAAUCCAAUUUCAGAAUGCUUAGAUGUUCAAUUAAGUGAAUUAGAGUUAAAUGAAAUUUGUCAAGAUGGUGAAGAUAAUAUUGAAUGAAGUUUCUUUUUAUGUGAAAGUUAAAGUUAAAUA